GACAAAACGAGGGAGAAGAAGCCCAACAAAGCCAAAGACGACUUUUUUCUCUCUCUUCCACUUCCCCCCUUUCCCUCUCUAUCUCUAUCCCUCUUUCAUUUUCCUCUUCCCCUUCGCCUCCCGAUCUCCUUCUCAAAUAGCCACGACGGCGCUGCUGCUGCUGUUGCAACAAUUUACUUUCCGGAGAGACCCCAUUUGAAGCGGAUCUUGCUUCCGUUCACACUCUCAAUGUUCACUCCCAUCCCCAACUUCAUCAGCCUCAAAGCAUUCCUCCACAUCUCCGGCAACGGCGGGACUGCCGGUGGCGGUGGCGGUCGGUUCCCCUGGGCACUGACCACGGUGGCGGGUUCCCACUCUGCUUCUUCGCCUGCUGCUGUUGUAGCCGUCACUGCCUUGGCGGGAAUCGCCGUCUUUGCCGCCAUCUUCUACACCACUAGUAGAAAACUGACGCUUAUAGAAGGGGAAAGGAAAGGGGAAAAGGGAGAAACAAAAGAUUUCAGUUAUAUAUUUAAGUAGAUGAAAGCUCUGAGACGAAGUCAUACUUCGUCGGCGUCUUCAAAUACUCCUUCUCCGUCGUCGUCUGGUUCAGGAUCAUCGUCCUCCACUUGGAUUCAAUUGCGUUCGGUCCUAUUCGUUGUUAAUUCCUCCUCACAAGCUCAUUACUCCCAUCUCGAUCGGGGGCGUCUCAAAUCACCAUGGUCCCGUAGGAAAAGAAAACAUGUCCUUACUCCUCAACAAUGGAGUAAUUUUCUUACACCAGAUGGGAAACUACGUGAUGGUGGAGCCAAGUUUUUGAAGAAAGUUCGAAGUGGAGGUGUUGAACCAAGUAUUAGACCAGAGGUCUGGCCAUUUCUGCUUGGAGUUUAUGACUUGGACAGCUCUAAAGAGGAAAGGGAGCUCCUAAGAACCCAGAAAAGGUAUGUCUGUCCGAAUUCAAGGAAAGAGUAUGAGAAACUCAGGAGACAGUGCCGGAGAAUCCUUAGGCGAAGUUCCGAGACCUUCAAAUUGUGUGAAAAUGGUGAAACAGUCGACAAUGAAGAAGAUGGUGGAAGUUCUGCUCAUGAUACUGACUCUUCGAGUCACGAGGAUGUGGUCAGUGCCCGGGAGUCCCUUUCUAGUGAAGGAAAGAGUCCAGAUGUUGAAUAUUCAAUUGAUCCAUGUACCACACUUUCAGAAGGUGCUGAUGCCUCUGCACAAAAUACCGAGUCGUCUGAUGACUCUGAAUUAUCCGAAGAUUCUGAAGUCAUUCAGGCAUCUGCUCCAGAAAACAGGGAAGAUAAUGAUGAUGUGCAUGUUUCUUCCAAAGUUGAUACUUCUCCAUCACUUCCAACUCGCUGUGCUGUUGAAGAUUUCGCCACAUGGCAACGAAUAAUUCGUGUUGAUGCAGUGCGUGCCAACUCAGAGUGGGUCCCUUACUCCCCUUCUCAGGCUUCCGUAUCUGAAGUCAGAGCCCAGCGCUCAGCUGAGGCAGUCGGGUUAAAAGAACACGAUCACCUUGAGCCAUGCAGAGUUUUCCAUGCAGCAAGACUAGUUGCCAUAUUAGAGGCUUAUGCACUCUACGACCCUGAAAUUGGUUAUUGCCAAGGGAUGAGCGAUCUACUCAGCCCAAUCAUUGCAGUGAUGCAAGAAGAUCACGAAGCCUUCUGGUGUUUUGUCGGAUUCAUGAAGAAGGCUCGACAUAACUUUAGGCUUGAUGAGGUAGGCAUCCGAAGGCAGCUGAGCAUUGUCUCCAAGAUUAUCAAAUUUAAGGACUCACACCUCUACAGACAUCUGGAGAAGCUUCAGGCUGAGGAUUGUUUCUUCGUUUAUAGGAUGGUUGUGGUGUUAUUUAGGAGGGAGUUGAGUUUUGAGCAGACGCUUUGUCUGUGGGAGGUCAUGUGGGCAGAUCAGGCUGCUAUAAGAGCUGGGAUCGGGAAGUCAGCAGGGAGCAGAAUUAGGCAGAGAGUGCCUCCGACGGAUGAUCUGUUGCUCUAUGCUAUUGCAGCUUCAGUGCUGCAGAAGAGGAAGUUGAUAAUCGAGAAGUACAGUAGCAUGGAUGAGAUUCUGAGGGAGUGCAAUAGCAUGUCGGGUCAACUCGAUGUGUGGAAGCUUUUGGAUGAUGCACAUAACUUGGUGGUCAAUUUGCAUGAGAAGAUCGAGACGUGAUUCGAGCUGAGUGACACAUCUGCUGCUUGCUCCACUGAUUUAUUUGUUUUUCUUUUCUGAAGUUCUUCUAAAGGAUCAUCUAAGCCUCAGCAGGGAAUCUAGAAGGCUGGAAACGCUCUUGGCCGGUUCCUGAUGUCCUUUUGAGCAUGUUUUUAUGGCAGUUGCAUGCAAUGCUUGUAAAGGAAACCCCACUGUGAUUUUUUUAUGCAUCAGUUGCUCCUCCUGGAAUGUUUCUAUGCUGCUUUCUAAUGUUUGAAAGUAGGUAUAGCCUGCAUUCCGAACCAGUAUGAUCGUGUACUGGGGACUGAUUUAAGAAGGAAACAUUAUGUACUACGGGACUAUGAAUACCAACACACUGAUUGCUGAAUUCCCAAUCGUUUCA